AAACACUCUUAACCCCUGCUGCAGAUGAUUCUUGAUGGAAUGGUGACACUGAGGUGAUAGCAGAGAGAUGUUCUAUCAUAUAUCCUUGGAGCAUGAGAUCAUGCUACACCCUCGAUAUUUUGGGCCUCAAUUGAUGGACACAGUGAAACAGAAACUAUUCACAGAAGUUGAAGGUACCUGCACUGGCAAGCAUGGAUUUGUGAUAGCAGUGACCACAAUUGACAACAUUGGAGCAGGACUCAUUCAACCUGGUCGAGGAUUUGUCGUCUAUCCAGUGAAGUACAAAGCCAUUGUGUUCCGGCCAUUCAAGGGAGAAGUUCUUGAUGCUGUGGUCACUCAAGUGAACAAGGUUGGCCUUUUCACAGAGAUAGGGCCCUUGUCCUGCUUCAUCAGUCGACAUAGCAUUCCAGCUGAUAUGCAAUUUGAUCAGAGUUCCAACCCUCCCUGUUACAAGACCCAGGAUGAAGAUAUGGUGAUCCAACAAGACGAUGAGAUCCGCCUCAAGAUCGUGGGCACUCGUGUUGAUGCCACUGACAUUUUUGCCAUUGGAACCCUGAUGGACGAUUAUCUUGGUUUGGUGAGCUGAGAAAUGAAGAGAGCAGAGUCCUGGGAACCUGAUCUAUUGCUGUAUCACGAUCUCCAAUAAGAUGUCCUUUUUUUCAU